AUGUCGUCCAAGAAGGAGCCCCAGAGCCAGGUGCCACCCCAAAGCAAGGGCUCCUGGUCGAGUUUCUUGAAGUCGAUCGCCUCAUUCAAUGGGGAUCUCUCCUCAUUGACGGCGCCGCCGUUUAUCCUGUCAACAACCUCCCUCACCGAGUACUCGGCCUACUGGGCCGAACAUCCCUCCGUCUUCGUGGCACCCGCUAAGGAGGCCGAUCCCGAGAAGCGUGCCCUCCUAGUUCUCAAGUGGUUCCUCACUACACUGCACCAGCAGUACUGCAGCCGCAGCGAGAAGCUCGGCAGCGAGAAGAAGCCGCUGAAUCCCUUCCUGGGUGAGCUUUUUAUCGGCAAGUGGCUUGCCGACUCCGACCCGGAGUUGGGCGAGACCACGUUGAUCAGUGAGCAAGUGAGCCACCACCCCCCAGCUACAGCAUAUGCGAUCCGGAACGAGAAGCAUGGAGUCGAGCUGCAAGGAUAUAACGCUCAGAAGGCUUCCUUCUCGAGCACUAUCCAAGUGAAACAGAUUGGCCACGCCCAGUACACCCUCACCCCGCCAGGCUCCAGCGAAAAAGAGAAAUACCUGAUUACCCUUCCCAACUUGCACAUCGAGUCGCUCAUUUACGGCACCCCAUUCGUCGAACUGGAGAAGUCGACCAAGAUCGCCAGCAGCAGCGGCUACAUCGCGAAGAUCGACUACUCGGGCAAGGGCUGGCUGAGCGGCAAGAAGAACACCUUCACCGCUAGUUUGUACAAGGCCGGCGAGGGCGAGAAGAAGCCCCUGUACACGGUCGACGGCCAGUGGUCGGACACAUUCACCAUCAAGGACGCCCGCACCAAGGAGGUCGUCGACCGCUGGGUCGUAGCCGAGAACGAGACCACCCCGCUCACGCUGGCCCCGCUCGAGGAGCAAGAUCUGUACGAAAGCCGCCGUGCGUGGGCGGAUGUGGCUGAAAGCAUCAAGAACGGCGAUAUGGACGCUGUCUCAGGGUACAAGUCGCUCAUUGAGAACGCCCAGCGCGACCUGCGCCGCGUUGAGAAGGCCGAGGGCCGCGAGUGGGAGCGCUGCUUCUUUAACCGUAUCGACGAGCAGGACGACGACCCGCAAUUCCAGCAAUUGGCCCAAUCGCUCGACCUCGCCGGCUGCCUCGAGGCCGACAAAACCGGCGGUAUCUGGCGCUUUGACAGCGAACGCGCCGCCGCCGCCAAGCCGCCGUACCAUAAGACUGGGGGGAAGGGCUAG